AUGGCUUCUCUUCACUGCGCGAAUGCGCCAUCCACCGCUAGAUCCUUUAUCCAGCUCGCUCGACGCAGCUAUUCCACUGCCGCUUCUCAAUCCUCAACACCCCUCGAGUUCCUCGUCCCGCGAUGCGCACCCUCUCCGCUCCGAGUCACCGAGGUUUCGACCACGGCUUCAAGAGUACAUAUCCACGCACGCAAUUCCAAUGAUUCCAGGUGGCUUUGGCGUUCCAACUUGCAUGCUCCGGCUGCACGAGCGUUUUCCACUUCUGCCGCUCGACAGCAGACACGAGCAGUCUUGAACCCGCAGCAAGACGAGGAUGGCAACGAGAUGAUGUUGGAAAUUACUGAACGGGCAGCCAAGCGCCUCAACAAGAUUAUGGAAAAGGACGGCAACCCGAACCUCGCACUACGAAUCCAAGUCGAAAGCGGCGGCUGCCACGGCUUCCAAUACCUCAUGAGUCUCAUAACUCUACCACCAAAGGACAGCCCAGAAUGGUCAAACAUUGUCAACGAGGACGACACCAUCUUCCAAUACAUCCCAGAGGACGCCGACCCGGCCACGGCUUCGGAGGACGGUCCGAAGGUCGUGCUUGAUGAGCCAUCUCUCGAUCUCCUCAAGGGCAGCAAGGUGGACUUUACAAUGGAACUGAUCGGCUCUCAAUUCAAGAUUGUCGAUAACCCAUUUGCUACUAGCAGUUGUGGGUGUGGUACUAGCUUCGACAUCAAGAUGUAG